AUGUCAACAACGAAAGUUCCAUUAGGUAUCAUUAACACUUGUCUAAUGGCGAGUCGAUGGUGGUUCGAUUUUCAGCCUGCCGGCCAAGCCGGUCAAUCAAGGAAUCGAUUUUCUUUUAAACCAUAUUUCAGGCUAGAAAUUGAUAAAAAUCG